AGUCGUCGUCAUCCUCUUCGUCAUCUUCGAUAUAAGUAUCUGGUCAUCUUCGAUGUCGUGCUGUGAUGUGAAAUUCAAAUUCGAAAAAUGAUUAUUUGUCGCACAUGAGCAGCGACAGCGAACGAGCGCAAGUGCCAGGCUGAUACUAACAUGCACAGCCACCAUGGGAUGUCAUCUAGUCAUAGACGGACGCGGCUCGUUUCGUCGUCUGCUAUUAUCGCCGGGAUCUGGAGGACAUAUCUUGCCCUUUUGUUUUUUCCCAAGCUUAAAAAUCCGCUGGUGGCAUCGAUUCAUCUUCCUCCGCAUCGUGCUGGUACCUCGGCCUCGUCUCGUCCGAAGGUCGAGCUGCUAGUGUUUGCUGACGCGAAUUGGCUCGAGGAGGAGGAAAGGAAUGCGAGGCAGAUGGCGAGCGUUCGAUGCUUUGCCAAUCAUUUUGGUUAUUCCUUUCGGACUUUCGGCGUAAAAAACCUCACGGCCACCAAUGAAGCCUGGGCUCUGGCCGCGUCCCCGCAAACGCGGAAGGGCUGUCUCGACCGCGCAAACAACCCGUACUUCCUCCGACACUGUCUGUUGGCCGCCUACCUUGAGUCAAAAGUGAGGACGCGACGAGCAUCAAGUGAAGGCCAUCUUCUUCAGCGAGAUGAACCUGCUGCCGAUGUUGACCGCGAGGACAAGGCGAAAGCCGACCAACACGUAGAUCCGACGAUCUACAUCGCGUUGGACUCAGACAUUGGGGCGCGCUCGUUCGACCUGGAUCUUGCGCCAUGGUUAUCUGUUAUGACCGGCACCGGAUCGCUCAGUGCGCUGCCUCCGAACGCAACGAAAGCAAAAAGCACAUUCACAGUGCAAGAACACCUCCGCGCAGCAGCAAGCACCUCGCGGUUGGCGUUUGUUCCUCCUCGGUCAGACUCUUCGUCAGCGGCCGGGGCUGAUUUGAUGUUCUUUGAGCGGUGGUGGGGCCUCGAACACCACAACGAUGUCAUGGCGGGCUCCUACAUGGUUCGAAACAAUCCGCGCACGCGGCGGUUUCUCCGCCAAUGGGCAACUCUGGAGCAUCGCCGCCCGGAAAAGCACACGCCGUUUUUGAAGGGAGAGCAAUACGUCGGAGGCUUUGACUCGGCGGACAACGGCGCGCUCCACGUUGCCCUGCUCGGGGCGCUCGGUAUCCCGGCCUCUCGCUGUGAGGAGGAUUUUCACAAUUUGCCGGGCUCGACCGGACUGGACAUUUUCGUUGCCCACGCUAGGGUAUUGAGUUGCUGUGUGGGGGCCGAAUUGUCCAUGUAAAUGUUGUGUAUUGCUUGCAUGUGUACAACUCCAACCACCCUGCUAGCACGUGUACUAGAAACAGCUCGGUCUAAUAAAAACACACGCGCACUCACAGGUCAAGUGAUUUAUUAAGGUUAUGUCGAGUUACUAAGUUUUACAAAAUAAAGAGAGAGCGCAAGAACCGGUAAUCGUGGAAGAAAAAGAGUCUGAUGCUUGAUGAAGAAGCUUGCUUGAUCCGGUGGGCCUCUCGUAGCUUGUUUCUGAGGCGUUUUUAUUGCAGCUAACGCUAAGUGUAUACAGGCGCUUUGAUUGAUGACCAGUCUUCUCUUCUGCUGGUAAUGUCUUUCAAGUUGGUUCCAUAAACUUAAACAGGUGAUGGGUUGUUUUCGGAAGCGUCUUGGCAUGGGUUCAACGCCAGAGAGCCAUCCGGACGGAGAGAACUUUGAACGGCGCAAGGGCGUGCUCCUUUCGGCUACCGAUGCUGUGCUAGCGAAAGCGCAUAGCGAAGUAGCAGUAGGAGCCCAGCAGCACGGCGAAAAAUCAUUGAAGGAGAAAGUCGUCGUCUCACACCCAAAUCAGGUUAUUUCCCAUCUGACGGUGCGGAUUCUCGGUUUCCGACAAGCCUGGGCUCCGGAGUUUUGGUCGUUAAAUCCCGCUUCUCCGCUGGGGCAUGGUUUGAAGAACUUCACGAAUGCUUGUGAGCAGCACUGGUUCUCAAGCCCGAUGCUAUCCUGUGUGCGCAAGAACAGCAAAAGAGCGACGGCCGCACCACUGAGCGGAGCGAUUUCGCUGUCCUCGCCCAGCAACAGCAACAAAGCAGAUGGUCGUGCGGUCGAACCCGUUGGACACGGGAAAUGGACUUAAGUGUGGAUCGAUCUAGGCGUCGGAGCGAGGGCAGCCCAACGGGCGAAAUUGAUUGUGGAGGAAGUUGCGACCCUGAUUCGAGUGCGUGUGCGGCAGUGAAUGAUUCUAAUACCGAAACGAAAUCCAGAAAACCCCCGGUAGUUUCACUACUCCAGCUGAUGUCCUCAAUGAAUCAUCUCUCCUUCGCGCUAUCGUUUAUUGAUUGAGCAUGACGUUUUUUUUUUGGCAGUUCGAGUUCCAUCUGUCAGGUUAUUGAAUCUGCAGAAAGUGAAAGUUUCAAAAAGAAUAUCUAUGUCAGGGCAGUCUCUUUUCAUUUUCUUCAACGGAAACGUACUGAUUCAUGAAUGAAGUACCGGGUUGUAUGGAGGUGGACCUCGCCGGAUGAAAAAUUCACUACGCAGGGCCAGUCGAACCUGUCUUAAACAGCAAAAGCAAAACCCAACACAUGUCUAGUUGCCGCUUCAAGUGUAUGAUUAGGAUUUCUAUUUCAAUUCAACAUCGUCCUUGACCUUUCACAUGUGAAUUUGCGAGCAACCAAUCCUCGAAAUGUUGCAUCCGAGCAUUGUAAAAUACCAAGGAAAAUCAGCAUCAAACCUGAUACUAAAACCCAGAAAGUCGUUCGUAAAGGUAAAUAAGGGGAGACAUGAUGGGCACUUCCAAAGUUGACUUUGCGCGCGUCGAUCUCCGUUGUUUUC